UUUGGUUUGAUGCAAUUGCACUGUGUACACAAAUUCACUUUUCUCUAUACACUCUUCUAUCUCCUUGAGCUUCAGGAUGCACCCUCCUGGGACUUUGCCAACUCUGUGUUUUUCACUACGACUAUGCUAACCUCAAUAGGUUACGGCUAUGUGGCGCCAAACACCUUUGGUGGACGAUUAUUUGGAGUUAUCUACUGUCUCAUAGGGAUUCCUCUUACCCUCGUCACAGUUGCAAAUUUGGCGAAGUUCAUCUCUGAGACAGUAUUUCUGGUUCAUUAUGAGUUGUGGAAGUAUUGGUGCAGAUGGAAAGCCAGGCGAAAGGGAGAGGAAUUGGCAAACGAAGAACCAAUGUUUGCAGAGGAUGAGGAUGAGCAGGAAAUUCUAGAUCGAGUGAAACUUGUCAGAUUUCCACCUAUCGUUGUCUUCCUAUUUGUAUUCCUCUAUGGACUUUUUGCCUCUUAUAUCAUUCAAAGGAAGGAAAAAUGGAGUUAUGUGGAGAGCAUGUACUUCACUUUUAUUAGUAUACUUACUGUAGGUUUUGGCGAUUUUCGACCAUCAGCUCACAAUCUUUGGACAACUCUGGCAGUGGUUUUAGGUGGUGUAAUCCUGACCACUAUGUGUAUGGAUGUCGUUGGAAGAAUGUACCUCAAAGAGAUUCACUACCUUGGACGAAAACUAAAGAGCAACAAUCCUUUCUACCUUAUUAGAGAGGCAAAAGCGAGGAUAUACGAUUUUAGGCGACGAAGAGCAGCGAUGGCAUCGCUACUUGCACAAAUGGCAAGAGGAAUGAUAUUCGCACAUAAGGAUUAUAAUGAACUUGCGAGGAAGAAGUCUAAGAAGAAAAGAGCGAAACGAAGAGGAAGCCAUGUCUUACCAAAUGAGAAGUUCAUGUUUGCACGUCUUCCACCAGAUCCGCCUUCUGAUUGUCAGGUGAUCAGCACCUCGGCCUAUUCUGUACGAUUAGCUUGGGCACCAGCUUUCUCCACGGAUACUGACCUCACCUAUAAUAUUCGCUAUCGUCUCAAACACAAUGAAGAUGGUAAAGUUCGUGAGUUGCGUGGCAUAAGGGGAAAUACCGUUGAGAUUAUGAGUGUGGACUCGUGCUCACUCUACGAAUUUCGUAUCACAGCUGUUAGUAAAUAUGGCGAAAGUAAACCUAUCUAUCUUGUGCAAUACACUGAACCUCAACUGAGCCCUCAGCAUAUAUUAGCAACAAAACUCCAUGCGAACACAAUAGAACUUACAUGGGAGCCUCCAUUUAAGAGGACACAUGACGUAAAGAACUAUAUCGUCUACUUCACAGAGAAUCCUAGUGCAUCGCUUUCGGAAUGGGAUAAAAUCCCUGUAAAUGGUCGACGGGUAGUAUUUCCUGAUCUCCGCUACGAUUGGUUCUACAUGUUCAGCGCCACGGCAGUUUUCAAAGACGGGCAACGUUCGCCUCUCUCAAGAGCUCUCUUCAUCAAAACGGAUAAGUUGGAGUUCCACAAGCAAUGUGUUGGCCAAUCGCGUACAAUCGAAGUGAUGGAUUCGAUAUGUGAUCGAAUUGAAGAGAGUGAGACAACCGCCUUACUCAAACGUGACUAUGCCUCUUUUGCUGUGUGA